AUGAGAAAGCAAAGCCUUGUGAUUGAUGAGAAAGUGGAGGUUCGAUCCACUGAUGAUGGGUUUCUUGGUUCGUGGCAUUCUGGUACUGUGAUCUCUCUCGAAAAGGGUAUUCGAUUAGUUCAAUAUGAUCAUCUUUUAUCUGAUAGUAAUGAUAAGCUUGUUGAGUCUGUCAAUGUGAAUAAUGUUGUUGAUGGUUUUGAUUGCAUGUUGGUUAUUGAUUGUUGUUUUCGUAAUUUGAUACGUCCUGUGUCGCCUUUGAUUGAUUUUGAUUUGCGGGGUGUUGAGUAUGGGCAAUGUGUUGAUGUUUAUUAUUUGGAUGCUUGGUGGGAAGGUGUGAUUUUUGAUCGUCGAGAUGGGGAGAAAGAGAGGAGUGUUUUUUUUCCGGAUUUGGGUGAUGAAUUGAGGGCUGAGGUUGGGUGUAUGAGGGUUAGUCAGGAUUGGGAUGAGUGUAGUGGGGAUUGGAAGGUGCGUGGGAAGUGGUUGUUACUUGAGUUGAUUGAUGAAUUGGAGAAGUGUUGGCCGGUUGUUGUUUCGAUUAAACAGAUUUGGUAUGAUAUUAGGGUGAAGCAGGGGUUUGUUGAGAAUGUGAAGGAGUGGACUUGUUUGAGGAGUGAUGUGUGGAGAGGGUUGUUGGAGGAAGUGAUUGUGGAUAAUUUUAAGUUGACUGUGAAGGAGUUGUACCGGGAGUUGGAGGUUUCGGGGGUAAAGGGAUUGGGGGAGUGCUAUCAGAUUUUGGAGCUAAGUGGUUCUGAAUUGUAUGAUUUGAUAAAGAGUGAACCUGCUGGUGUGAUUGGUGGAGACGAACCGGUGGAGAAUGUUGGAUUGCAUAUGGUGCCUUUAUCUAGCUCAGUCGAAGGUGUGGAGAAUGUUGGAUUGGAUAUGGUGCCUUUAUCUAGCUCAGUCGAAGGUGAAGCACAAUGUGUGAGUCCUUCAAAAAUAGCAGCCAUGGAUUCUAAUGUUGAUGAUGAGUUAUACAAGGACGGUUCAUGUGCUAAAAAUGAUGAAUUUUGCAAUAAUAGUCGUAAAGGGUUGAAAAAAAUUAACCUUAAUGUUUGGUAUUCGGCUGAUUUGGCUCCCAGGUCUUGUGAAGAUGCAAUCAAGGUUUACUUGAAGUGCCAAGCAUCCAUGGAUAGGAUUCAGAUUCCCCACAAGGUUACAGUAAAUCUCAGGAGACACCUCUUAUAUUUGGGCUGGAAAGUUGAAUAUAUUCAAAAAGAAGGUUUCCGGAGAUGGCGUUAUACCCAACCUGAUGGCACUGAUAAGUUUAAUUCACUUGUUAAAGUCUGUGAGCAAAUAGGAAAAUCUGAUUUUGCAGAAGUUUCUCAGUUUCCUUCAGAAGAGAAAAAUAAGUCAGGGGAUGCUGUUGAGUGUGAAGUUUCUCUUGAUCAAUAUAGGUUGAGAGAUGUUGAUGAUCCGGUGGUCUUAACUCCAUUAGCAAAGACGUCUCAAGGAUGUCAAAGUGAACUUUUAAAAGAUUCUCAGGGUAUGUUAGAGUAUGAAUAUUGUCCGCAAGCUGUUAUAAGUUAUUAUUCACUUGAAUUUAAGAAAACAGCUUACCCCAAACAUCAUGAUUUAUUUAAGGAUAUGCAAGUGAAAGCAAAGAAGCACCUGUCUGCUGUUGGGUGGAAGUUCUAUAUCGUAUUAAAAAAUGGUAGGAAAAAGGAAUUGAGGUACCGGGCGCCAUGGGGAAAGGUGUUCCUUUCACUUCGAUCAGCUUGCAAGGGAUAUUUAGAUGAAAAUAGAAAGGUGUGCAAGCUAGCUGAUAUGACUGAUAAACAGCAGCAUCAGAACAAUGAAGAAGAAGACGAUUUAUGCUCGGUCUGUCAUUCUGAUGGUACAUUAAUUUUAUGUGACCGGUGUCCAUCUGCUUUCCAUUCACGUUGUGUAGGUUUGAAAGAGGAUCCCUGUGAUGCUGUUUGGUUCUGCCCAUCAUGCUGCUGCAGAAUUUGUGGUGCGGGUGAAAACAGUUGCGACAGUGAAGUGUCUGCGGAAUACAGUUUUGUUAAUUGUGAUCAAUGUGCGCGUCAAUAUCAUAUAAGUUGCCUAAAGAAGAAAGAAAUUGUGCCAGAUAGUUAUCCUAUUGGAUGUUGGUUCUGCAAUAAAAAAUGUGAACAAAUUUCAUUUGCACUCAAAAGCCUUCUAGGUAAGCCAGUUCAAGUUGGGACAAAUGGUUUAACUUGGACUUUAUUAAGGUAUGUGAAUCCUGAAGAAUCUGUUCAGUCUGAUAUUGGGAAUCUGAAAGAGAACGAUAGAAAACUUAAGGUUGCUCUCAGAGUGAUGCUGGAGUGUUUUGUAUCCGUAAAGGAACCUCGAACUAGGAGCGACAUUGUUGAAGAUGUUAUAUAUAACAGAGGGUCAAGGGUAAACCGUUUGAACUAUCGUGGGUUCUACACAGUGCUUCUAGAGAAAAAUGAUAAAUCAGUUAGUGCAGCUACUGUAAGAAUUUAUGGAGAGAAGGUGGCAGAAUUACCCUUUGUUGCUACACGUUUCCGAUAUCGAAGACAAGGAAUGUGUCACAUUCUGUUGAAUGAGCUUGAGAAGCUACUCAGAGAACUAGGAGUGGAGAGGCUAGUUUUGCCCGCUAUUCCAGAGAUGCUCGACACUUGGACAUCUUCAUUUGGAUUUUCAGUGAUGCCCCAAUCGGAUAGAUUGAAACUGUUGGAUUAUACUCUUAUAAAUUUCCCGGGCACUACCAUGUGCCAAAAACUUUUAUCGAAGAAUCACUGCAUAGAAUCAAGUCCACGAAAAACUAUUGAACAACAUUGUGGUGUUGCCAAUAGAAAUGAUAAUGUGGAUCUUGGAAAUAGCAGUACUGUCAUUGUAGGGCUUCCAGCAGUUCAAGUGCUAGGCCAGAGAUCCAAGAAUCGUGUUCGAGGCAGUAGAAGUAGAGCUAACGGUGUUGACAGAUCAUCUGGCCUGGUGAGCCAUUGCCAAACCACUGGUUUUAAACUUAUACCUUCUCAAAGUAAGAUCACUCUCAAGAGUUCAGUUGACGAAACUGACUGCAAAGAAGAUGAGAACCGUGGUAAUGGUAAAAUCACGUGCAGCAAGAGGAGAAAGAUAGCGAAGCCUGUGGAGGGAGUUGCAUGCUAG